AUGUCAGUAGCUGAAUGUACCAACAGCUCAGCACCAUUCGAGUUAUCCAUCGCCUCGGCAAGUAUUUCUGCAGUACUACUGGUCAUCACUGUACCUACAAAUCUACUGGUAUGUCUGGCGAUACUUGUGGACCCAAACCGCGAACUGAGGACACAAUUUAACUGUUUUACUUUCAACCUAGGCUUGGCAGACCUUCUCGUGGGCUGUGUCGCAGAACCUGUGUCGAUAUACGCUCAUAUCACUGAAGCAUUUGCCUCGGAACACAGCCACGAAGUUAGCCAAGUUAUAUUAAAGAUGUUUCAUAUUCCCUACUUUAUUUCCGCGAUGGCAAGCGUGUUGAGCAUUGCAGCUUUAGCAUGCGAACGCAACUUGGCUAUAAAUUCACCGCUUCGAUACAGAAAAUACUUCAAUGUCAAACUGACCCUCGUAUUCUCAACGUUUAUAUGGGUCAUUGCAAUAAUCUUUGGCCUACUAAAUUUGCUGUUUGACUACAUAUUUGAAAGCUUUAUAUUUAUCAAUUCAGGCGUCUUAUUCACUGGCGCUAUAGUGUGUUUUGUCUACGGUAGAAUACGGAGUAGUUUACGGAAGACGUCAAAGCAAUGGACCAAGAAUGGAACACAAAGGAAUAGAGAUAUUGUGACGCAACUCAAACUAACAAAGACAUUCGCUUUAAUGAUAGGAACACUCAUGUUGUGUUAUCUUCCAGCAUGUUCAAUGGUGUAUUUUAUAAAUUUAUGUACGAAUUGCAACUGUAACCUCGUUCAAUGGUUUCGUGAUGCAGUAUUCUGGUUGGUGCUACUAAAUUCAGCAAUCAAUCCUUAUGUCUACGCAGUAAGAUCAAGUGUCUUCCGACAUGCCAUUAACAAGAUCGUAAAAUGCAGAUGUCAGCAUCCUAAGAAGCCUCGGACUUUUCCAUCUAUCCGGUAUUCCAAGGUGAGAAGGGGUACAUAUGGUGCAUUGGGUACAGAUGGAGACCUUGUUUCAUGUCAGGUUGAACACGCUUAA